AUGGGACUCUUAUCUCAAGGAAUUUUGCUUAUAUCCAUUCUACAGCUUAUACACUCUGGUUUUUCCAGCCACGAGUUUUUCAUCCUCAAAAAGAGGCUAGUGGCUAACAGUAAUCUGGAUGUGGACUCAUUAGCGCUGCCCCGAGAUAUACAUUUGGAAGCCGUUUGUGGGAUGAUUUUGUUGACGCUGUCUGUUUUUUUGUCGUUUAACAAACUAGAGUUCUUGCCUUUGUCAAGCAAACUCAAAUUAAUGAAGCAAAACAACAUUCUCCAGGAGAUUGAUAUGAAUAAAGCUACAAGUACUAAGAACCUCAUGGGCUGUAACCCUUACGGAGAUUUUAUGAACCUUCCGGGGUUUGUCGAUAUCCAUGCCAAACGUGAGGAAGUUAGAAAGUGGCGAAAGAGCCAAACAGAAGUAGCCGAAUGA